AUGGCGUCCUCCGCCCCCGGGAGAGGAGGAGGACAGCCGAUCCUACGGGCCGGGGUAGCGGCGGCGGCUGUGGCUGUGAUGCUAAUAGUUGGGGUGGAGCCGGCGGCGGCGUGCUACCCGCGCGUGUUCAGCUUCGGGGACUCGCUGACCGAUACCGGCAACUUCAGAUUCUACUACGGCAACAACUCCGGCGAGCCCGCGCUCCGGCCACCCUACGGCGAGACCUUCUUUCGCCGUGCCACGGGGCGCUUCUCCAACGGCCGCCUCGUCCUCGACUUCAUCGGCAUAAACUACAUACGCCCAUCAUCACUCGAUCGUUCGAUCAAAUUAGCCUCGGACACGAUGGGGCUCCCGUUCGUGCGGCCGUAUCUGAGCGGUCGGCGCGCGGAGGACUUCGCGUGCGGUGCCAACUUCGCCGUGGGCGGCGCCACGGCGCUCGGCCCGGACUUCUUCCGCUCCAGGGGUUUCGAAAUCGGCGACGGACGGGUGCACCUAGACUUGGAGAUGAAGUGGUUUCACGAUCUGCUUGAGCUCCUCUGCCGCAGCGGCCGCUCCGGGUGCUCAGACAUGAUGAGCCAAUCCCUCUUCAUCGUUGGAGAAAUUGGGGGUAAUGACUACAACCUACCUCUUCUCUCCAGAGUGCCGAUUGAAAAGAUCCACUCAUUCACACCAAGUGUCGUUGCCAAAAUUUCUUCAACAAUCACCGAAUUGAUUGGGCUAGGAGCCAAGACUCUGGUAGUUCCUGGGAACCUCCCAAUUGGGUGUGUCCCAAAAUAUCUGUUGAUAUUCAAGAGUGAUGACAAAGAAGAUUAUGAGCCAGAGACAGGCUGCCUCAGGUGGAUGAACGAAUUUUCAGAGUACCACAACAAGCUUCUCUUGGAGGAGCUGGAGAAGCUGCGCAAGCUUAAUCCUGGUGUGACUAUUAUCUAUGCUGACUAUUAUGGAGCUGCAAUGGAAAUUUUCCAUUCCCCUGAACGAUUUGGUAUCGAGGAACCUUUGGUGGCUUGCUGCGGUGGAGAAGGACCCUAUGGUGUGUCCCUUUCUACAGCCUGUGGAUAUGGAGAUUACAAGGUGUGUGAUAAUCCAGACAAGUAUGGCUCGUGGGAUGGUUUCCAUCCAUCGGAAGCUGCAUACAAAGCCAUUGCAUUGGCCUUUUGCGAGGGACAUACACACAACCAUCUAUUGCUUCCACCACCAGUUCCUGUCCACAGCUCACUGAGCUCGGCUCUUCUGUUGAAUACAAGUAUGGUUAAAGAUGUAAUGAUUUGGACAAUUUUGCCUGAUUACAGAGCUGCGGUGUAG